AUGGGUUUGGGAGAAGAGACCGCCUGCGAGGAAAAGAGACCGGGGGUAGUAGAGGCGGAGGAUGGAGCAGAUGGCGAGAAAAGACUAGAGGUAGUAGAGGCGGAGGAUGGAGCAGAUGGCGGGAAAAGACUGAAGGUAGAAGCGGCGGAAGAUGGAGCAGACGUCGAGAAAAGACUGGAGGUAGAAAAGGCUGAGGAUGCGGCCGAUGAGGAGCCAAAGGUUGAGAGGCCGAAGAGAGAUGGGGAGGAACCGGCGGAGGAAGAAGCGCCUAGGGAGAAACCAGUGGCGGAAGAUGAGGCGGCGCCAGCGGCGGUGGGAGCGAAGGAGAAGGGGGAGGCGGAGGAGAGGGAGAAAGAGGAGGAAGCGGAAGAGACUGAGGCAACAAAUUGUGAAUUCAAAUUUUGA